AUGGCGACACACCCAGUAUUCUCGGUCUCGCACAAGGGGCUCCCCGCUUUCCAUGAAGCUAUCUACGUGGAGACGCAUGAAGAAGGAGGCUACCUAUACCACGUCGUCGGCGACAAUCUCUCGGGCUACCGGUACGAAACCAAGGCGACCAAUCGGCCGGAGAAAUCCAAAACCUUCUCGAAGAAGUAUUACAAGGGCACGGUGUCGCGGGACGAUCUCGCCACGCUGGAGGCGAUCUGCCGACAGGUCCCGCCGCCGUGUCACGAACUCAUUGGCGGCGUCAUCUUUGAGCGCGACUGUCGACAUUGGGUCUUUUCGGCGUUCGAAGUGCUGGAGAGGGAAAAGGUGCUGAAGCCGAAGCCCAAGAAGGGUGCCGGUGCGCAAAAGCCAGAUAUCUCCCAAAUUGUGGAUUGCGGAUGA